AUGUCUCUGUCACGGGCAUCGACCAUGACACUUGGCCCAGACAACGGACCCAGCUACCACAUUGACGAUGACCUCUUGGACCACAUUGGAUCGGAAUCCUGUGAAAAGCGACUCAUAAUUGCGGUCGACUUUGGAACAACAUAUUCCUCUGUAUCCUACGUUGAGAUACCCAAAGAUUGCCCACCUGACGUUGUGGACCCAAGAUCUAUCCGCUCGAUCCGAAACUAUCCUGACACCCUCGACUUUAAUGUUAAAGACAAUAUGCUCAUGGAAGUUCCCAGUGAAGUGAUCUACCCCUUGAACCGUCACUUUCGAGAACAGGACAGCCUCAUACGCUCACAAGAAGGUCUGGAAAGCGCGUCCAGCGAUUCGGACGAGCAAGAGACUCACCAUGACGCCCCAAGCAAUGGAGUCCAAUAUUUGGAUAUUCGCGAUGACGACGGAGAUACGACAAUGAACAUUGAUACCGCAGAUCAAUUCCAUUGGGGCUAUAAGGUCCAUGAACUGUGGGCUCUCCCUGCCACGCACUCAGAUCCGAGCAAUCUGCCGCUAUCUCGCUUUAAACUCUUGCUUGACGACAGCCCAAUGACAGAGAGGGUUCGACGGGAUCUCAAUUCAACACUCAAUACGUUAAAGAGUAGAAAGGUGGUUUAUGGUCCUCUUCACGUCAUCGCUGACUACCUUACCUAUCUACUAGAUCAUACCCAAUCUCAACUGCGGCAACUAGGGUAUGAAGAUAGCUGCCCUAAGGAAAUGGUUCUAUGUGUGCCUGCCAUUUGGAAUCAGCAGGCUUGCAGAGAUAUGCAAAAAUGUCUAGCUGUGGCUAUGAAACGUACGAACCUAAGGGGUGUUGAUGUCCAGAAUAACAGCAUCGAGAAUUUGUUUAUUGUAUCGGAGCCUGAGGCUGCGGCAGCUCAUAUGUUGGCCUAUUCUACUCAAAUCAGAUCUGGACAAAGCUUUGUUCUUCUGGACGCAGGUGGCGGUACUGUCGAUGCGAAUACCUAUCGAGUCAGCAAUGAGGAACCACUCAGACUGGAGCAUGAAAUAGUUCAACCAGGCGGCGGCCUUCAUGGAUCAAGCUACCUUAACGAGGAUUUCAAGGCUUAUCUUUUAAAUCUUCUCGCUGAAGAGACAUAUCUAGAGCGGGGCUCCGAGACCAUCAACGGUAUAGUUGAAAGAGUCAUGAUUGAACAAUUCGAGCCAAAAUUAAAACGGAACUUUGACUGCUAUCAACGGUCCACAACCAAGCAGCUGGCUAUAUCAGGACUCCGAGACAGCCCUGAAAAAGGCUUCAGAAGGGGCUGCGUCGUAAUGUCUACAACUAUUAUCAAAGAGAUAUUCAUGAAGCGCCUCCAUAGUAUCUUCGAGAUUGUGAAAAGACAACUGGACGAAGCUUUGAGUAAUGGCUGUGAAGUUGAGAAUGUCGUUCUUAUUGGAGGCUUUGGAUCCUCAAUAUCGCUUGUUAAAUUCCUAGAAAAAAGCCUGGCAGAAUAUUCUCGACAGAACAACUGUCAUGUCAAGCUGCUGCUGCCAGAGGAUAAAAAUACUAUGGCCAAUGCCGUAUCACUAGGGGCUGUUCUUCGUGCUAUGAAUAAAAAUCAUGGACCUGAAAGAAGGGCUCGCUCCAGCUACGGAAUUCUGCGAGCAGAGCCUUUUAAAGAAUAUCCUGAGCACCAAGGCAUGAACCCAUCUUAUGAUCGCCAUGAUGGUCUGCCAUACAUUAAGAAAACCAUAGAUUGGGUCCUGAAGCUGGGCGCGAUGGUUCCUUCGGUCUGGAACUGUGAACCUUUCACCUGUACCCAUACUUUCGACGCUUGGCCACCACGACCACUGCUAUGCAGGGAGAUAUUAUAUGUAUCAGAUCACUCCACACGAUCGCACUAUAGACUUUCACAUCCUAAUAACAAGGGAGCCCAAGAGGUCGGGGAAAUUGUUGUGGACUUUUCUGACUUACUCGAAAAGGGCUUGACCCCGGUAGAGCCAAUCGUGUACGAAGAUGGCCGCACACUUGGGAAAAGACAUUACAGGGUCAAUUUCACGAUGAUAAUACAAGUAAUAGACCGAGACUUGAGGUGCUACGCCAUUUAUAAUCAAGAAACGAGGAAGAAAUGCCGCAUCAAUAUCGCAUCGGGUUUCAGACCCGGUGUCAAAUAG